AUGGAUUGCAGACCUUGGUCAAGAGAAUCAAAAAAGAAGUGGAAAGACUCAACUAUUGAUCGAUUGAAAGCUAGUAAAACAGUAUGGCCUAUUCCUCAGAUAGAACAAGUUUUUUUACCAGAUUUUAAAAUUAAAUCCCAAAUAAAUGAAUAUUCAUUUAAGAGCUUAGAACUAAUUUGUAAUGGUGUAUUUGGCAAAGUCUACAAAGUUGAGAAAUUGAAUUCCAAUGGUGAUUUAUAUGCUAUGAAAAUAUUGGAAAAAUCAUCGGUUGUAUGUGAAAAUGCAGUACAACAAGUUAAGAAUGAAGUACAAAUUCAAUCAUUAUGUGGUCAUCAUCCAUUUAUUGUGAAUUGUCCAUUUUUUUGGCAAAAUAGAAAUCAAUUAUUCAUUGUUAGUGAGUAUGUUGGAGGCGGUGAAUUAUUGAAACUAUUACACAAAUAUGGACCACUACCUGAAGAAUUAUGUCGUGUAUAUUUUGCUGAAUUAGUUAUUAUAAUAGAUUUUCUACAUAAUGCCGGAGUUAUAUACAGAGAUAUAAAACCAGAAAAUAUAUUAUUAGACGAUAAUGGUCAUCUUCAGUUGAUUGAUUUUGGUCUUUCGAAAUGGCUUCCACAAGGCUGUCAUACAUCUACUAUUUGUGGAACUACUCAGUAUAUGGCUCCAGAAGUUUUAGAGUCUGAACCAUAUUAUAGUCACGCAGUAGAUUGGUGGUCCGCUGGAGUUCUCUUAUUUCAAAUGCUUACAAAUCAGGUAAAAUUAUUUUGA